CCCUUACCCACCAAUCAGAACAAGCCCCCUCCCUCUCCCCUUCCUGUAUAUAAUCUCUCUUCCCAUCUCUCUCUUCUCAUCAAAUUCGAUUUCCUAUUCCUCCCUAUCUCUCUCUUACUUUCUAGGGUUUCCGAUCAGCCACACACGAUGAGUUCCACCGCUGCAUCCAAAGGAGGCAGAGGCAAGCCCAAGGCCUCCAAAUCGGUCUCUAGAUCUUCCAAGGCCGGCCUCCAAUUCCCCGUCGGCAGAAUCGCUCGUUUCCUCAAGGCCGGCAAAUACGCCGAGCGUGUCGGCGCCGGCGCCCCCGUCUACCUCUCCGCCGUCCUCGAAUACCUCGCUGCCGAGGUGCUUGAGCUGGCGGGGAACGCCGCGAGGGACAACAAGAAGAAUCGGAUAGUUCCGAGGCAUAUACAGCUGGCGGUGAGAAACGAUGAGGAGUUGAGUAAGCUGUUGGGGACUGUCACAAUUGCGAAUGGUGGCGUUUUGCCGAACAUUCAUCAGAACCUGUUGCCGAAGAAGGUUGGGAAAGGGAAGGGCGAGAUUGGAUCCGCGUCACAGGAGUUUUAGGGUUUUUAUUAUGUUUGAGAGAUUAUUGCAUUGGAGUGAUGGGAUUGAUUGUGGAGUUCUUAUUAUGAUAUGAUGAUCAUUGUGAACCCUAAUUUGGCGGAUUGUUAUUGAAUAUAUAAGCUGUUCAAUAACUCUGUUUUGAUGUUGAUUGAUCAUAUGAAUGAGAUGACAUCAUUUACUAA